AUGAAUCAAUAUAAUAUUCAUCUUCUGGAUUUGCCUAAUGAAAUAUUACUCAUCAUUUUGAGAAAAUUGAACAAUAUUGAUGUUCUUUAUUCGUUAUUGGACAUUAAUAAUGGACGACUUGACAUCAUCGCGCAAGAAAACACGUUCACUAAUAUUCUCAAUUUCGUAAAUACGAAUAAUAUUUCUUUAAUUGAUCGAUUCUGCAUCUACAUAUUACCAAGAAUUCAUCAGAAUAUCAAAUAUUUCAUAUUUGAACCAGCUGUCAUGGAACGUAUUCUUCUUGCUGCUGUUUAUCCAAAUCUAACUGAACUUAAACUUUUCAAUUUCGAACAACAAAUUGCUUCAAAAUAUUUUACAGAUGAAUCAUCGCUGCGAUCUGUUUUCCAACAACAAAUUACAAGCCUUAUUCUUGUUAAUAAUGAUAAGAGCGCAAGAGUAGGUUCAUUGAAAGAAUAUACAAUAAAUGUAUAUGCGCACAUCUUGAAUUUCUUCAAAAAUUUAACGUAUCUCAAUAUUAUGGGACCAUGUGUUAUGCUGUGUCCAGGUUUAUCACUUUGUGAUUUACCGUCGACUACUUUUUACUCUUCGAUUCUUACCCAUUUGUCUAUCGUGGUGCAAACUUUUGAUGAUUGUCUUUAUUUACUUGAUGGCCGACUCAAGCAAUUAACUUCAUUCAAUGUUAAUGUUUAUUCCAUAGACAGUUUUUCAGCAAUUGUUCAAAACACGGAUAUGUUACCUAAUCUAAAAUGCUUCUCAUUAAAAUCUUACUUUCGAUUUCAACAGUAUGAACAAAUACCAUCUCUUCUUCGUCGUAUGUCUUAUCUAGAACAUUUAACUUUAUAUCUUUGUAUAAACGAUCAACAUAGAAUCACCGAUGGUACUCGUGUUCAAGAUGAUAUUCUUGCUCAAAUGUCACAACUUCAUUCAUUCACUUUCUAUAUUAGUACUUAUAUUGACGGUGAUGAUUUACGUCAUAAUAUAUCUCGUGAACAUAUCCAGCAAACAUUCAUAAAUAUCGGGCAACAAAAUGCGACUACUAUCGUCAAUCGCCUUAGCAGAUCCGUAGUGGAAUGUUCGAUUUUCUCACUUCCUUUUGCAUUUGAUUAUCUUGGAUCUCUUGGCAAUACAUUUCCAAAUAUUAUAUUCAAUUAUGUUACAUAUUUAGUUGUGGAAGAUAAGGAUGCAUUUAGACAUGAAUUCUUCGUUCGAAUCGCCCGAUCGUUUCCAUUACUGAAGGAUUUACGUAUUUUCAAUAUCGAACUGCAGCUAUCAUCAGAUUGUACAUUAUCAUCUGACCAUAGUCAAUCGUAUUCAAUGAUUGAAUAUCCGCAUCUUACUUCACUUGAUGUGGGCUAUAGCCAUCGAGAUUAUCUUGAACAAUUUCUGAAUGAAACAAAGGCAUGUGUACCUUGUCUAACCAAAUUGAAAGUGUCUCCUCGUCACUUAAAAAUUGUGACAAAGAACUUUACAAGAGAAGAAACACGACGCAAUUGUGCGAAGAUAAAACAAUUAAUUACUCUUCAACCAUUGGAUGAUUCACAAGAUUAUUAUCAUUAUUUUCCUUCGUUACAAAAUUUAUUCUUGUUUUGA